CGCAUGGCUCCCGCUUGGCGAGCCCUUGCCGUUGACUCGUCCCUGAAGCUCGGACCCGAUGAUCUCAACGGCGCAGGGGGGGCGUCGGAACCGGCUGCAACCUUGGUGGUCCAGCGCAGCCAGCACCGCACUCUCCAUCCCGGCGCUGCUCCCCGCGUCGCCGGCAAGAAGCGCGGCGCGGCAGCGGCCCCGGCGGCCGUGCGAGCGGGAAAGCGCGCGGUGCCUCUUCAAAAGGCGAUGCACGCCUGCUCGACCGACGGCGGUGGAGCGCUCCUCCUGGGCUCCUCACUCGACGGUGCAACCGCGUCCGCGUCCGCGUCCGCCUCAGCCUCGCGACCGCCCUCGCGCCCGUCUUCGAGACUGCCCUCGCGCCCGCCCUCGCGCCCGUCAUCGCAUCCACCCUCCACGGCCCCGUCGCGACCGCCGUCGCCACGGCCAGGCUCCCCUCCGGUCCUCUCUGCCUCCACUUCGCUGGUCUCGGCGUACGCGGACGCGGCGGGCGAAGCUGCGCCGGGCGAGGCUGCGGCGGGUAUGCACCGCGAGGCGCUGAGCGAGUCUCAACGAGAGGCAGUGCUGCGGGCGCUGUGCGAUGCGCGCCUCCUCUCCCCCGACGCCGCCGUCCUCGAGGCUGCGCGGCGUGCACUGCUCCCGCUCUGCAGCACCGUGCGGAUGCUGCCGGGUGAGGAGGGCUCCGGAGACAGCGAGGAUGGCGCCGCCAAUGGCGAGGAGAUUCACUCUGCGGCGCUGGCGGCGGCUGAGGCGGCAGCUGAGGCGGCGGCCGAGGCGGCGGCGGCCGAGGCGGCGGCAGCGGCCGAGGCGGAGGAUGAGGCGAUGCGGAGAGCGGCGCAACUGCAAGAGAGUGCCGCGAAGCAGGUGCUCUCAGAGGUGGCAUCGCGAGUGCUGAAGCGGCCCAUCGUGUCGAGCGACGACCUCCUCGCCGUGUCCGCCGAGUGUGCGGCCGCCAGCAAGCUUGACGGGGCGAAGGCGGCCAGUGCGAAGGCGGUUCGGGUGGCGAAGGCUCAGGCGCUACUCGCUGUGCGCGAUCCUGCGUGCGCAUCGUCCCCGCUCGCCACCCUGUCUGCGUACCGCCUCGCGCCCGCCUUCGGCGCUCCACCAUUUGACGCUGCGUGCGGGGCGGGCAAGGCGAGCCGCAAGGCGCCCUUUACCGGGCCUUGCGGCGCCGCGCGCCUUUCUCCGCUCGUGCCGCUCUGCCGCUUUGAGUUGGGUGGCGAGUGCCGCGACGCGUCGUGCUCUGCGCAGCACCGGCGCGACUACCUCCGCCCGCCCGCAGUGCUCCUCGCCGAGCUGCAGGCGCUAGCCGAGGGCGCGGCUCCAGAGAUCGCGCCGGCCGCGAGUGCCCCUCGCGCGUCAGCGGUGGAUGUGGCGGCAGCCGACCUCGAGACGGGGAACGCUGCGGAGGAGUUACUUCGCGAGGUGGCCGCACGGGCGCGCGCCGCCAUGAGCGGGGCCGACGUGUCGGCGCCAGCACUCAGCCAGGUGUUGUGUGCAUGGUGGGGGCGACAGCGCUCUCGGCCGCCCGACUCCAGUGGCGACAGCGGUGGCGCCUCUUCGGGGACGGGCGAUCCCAACCCACCGCAGCCCGUGAGCGCGGCGUGCUUACCGCAGCUGCGACCCGCAGAGGCUCCCGCCGCUCCGGCCGACGGGACGGCGAUGUCGCAGCUGCCCCUGCUCCAGGCGGCAUUGCGGCUGCUGCCGCGCCCCUCGCCCCUCGCUGUCGACAUACACAGACAGCUCGCCCCGUUGCUGCUGCGGCAACAAUCGGCGGUGGCGGAGGCUUUGCGGGCGACCGCCGAUGCCAACGUGCCCCCGCCAUCGCCGUUGGCGGCGCCGCCCCCGCGACAGGGUGUGAUCCAGGCCCUCGCCCCCGACCUUGUCUUGCGAAGCGACGGGGGCGCGAAUUUGCCCACGUGGGAGGACGACGCGGCGGUCGCGGCCAUCAUGGGGCCGGCGGGAGGCGCAGCUGCCGGCUCUCGUGUCGACGGCGUUGGCGGUUGCGCCGCGGAGUUUUGGGCCACGAUUGAGCGGUGGCGUCGCGAGCUGCCUCAAUCCACUGCAGAGCGCCGAGGCCGGCUGCUCAUCGAGCGGGCCUUGGCGGCGCAGCCACAGAGCGAGGCGCUGUGGCUGCUCCGAGCGUCGCUCCGAUUCGACGACUGGCAGGCGGCUCGAGCAGAGAUGGCCGCCGCUUGCGCCGCCGUGCCGAACUCGCUCGUCCUCUGGCACGUGCGCGCGAGACUUGAGCGCACCGUCGUCGGCCGAGCCGAGACGCAUGCGGAGGCGAUCCGCACAAUUGCGCUCUGCCCUGGCUCCUCUUGGCGCCAGCAUUGCGCGCUGCUGCUCGCUUCGCUCUCGCUCAUCGACGAACUCGUUAUCGCGGGCGAGCUCGACUUCGCCGCGUGGGUCGCGGCGGCUCUGCUGCGUUCGGAGGACAACGCCUCCGAGCCGGAGCCCAACGCAUCGAUCGCGCGGCGCGCCCAGGCUCUAUCGCCGUUGCCAGCCGUGGCCAGUGCGCUCCCCGUGCCGCUCCGCGCGCUUCUAUGGCUCUCUCGAAUCGAGUUGCGCGCUUUUGGCGAGGUGAGCGUCAGCCGCGCCGCAGCCGCCUCGGCGUUCCUGCGAGCGUCGCUGCCGCUGGCGAUCCAGCUGCCUUGGACGAGCGACACAAGGUCGAUCGCUGGCGCCGAGGCCGAUCCGGCAGGAGUCACGCAGAGCAUCGAUCUCCUCUUUGGUGUCGCCCUCGCCGCUGCCGACGCUGGUGGUGGCAGCGCGAGCGGCGGGCUGUGGUGCUUGCAGCUCAACCAGGUCAUGUUCGAGCUCUCUCGCGGCGAGGCAGAGCGCGCGUCCGCCCUCUGCCAGCGGUACAUCAAAGCCGCUGCGGCGCUGGAGGGCGCCCACCUCGAAGCUCUCUGGAGGCUGUACGCGCACGUCCUCGCCGCGGCGCCGUCUCUAACGCCGUCUCUCUCGCUAGAGCCAUCUCUGUCGGCGGAGCAGCUCCUGUACGACUUGUGGCAUGCGCUGCUCUGCGCUUCGAUGACGCAGCCAGAGGCGCUGCAGGUCCUCGGCCUCGCUGUCGCGACGUCCUUCGACGAGGGCGAGCCGCGAGCGAAGACCCUCCUCGCAGCGUGCGCGCCGCCGCGUGCCGGCUGGCAGCCCUCGGCCGCCGAGGUGAAAGCCUGCGAGGCACUCUUUGCCCUCUUGCUGAGCCGGCACGCCGCCAGCGACGGCGCCGCCACACCGGGCCCCGUUGCAUUGCCGCGGGAAGCAGUUGGUGACGCGGCAGCGGUUGGGGCAGCGGGCAGCGAGGUCGCCAGCGGGCCGCUUAGCCCGGGUGCCCGUGGCGGCGCGGCGCUGCACCUUCUGUGGUGCGCGUGGCUGCGGCUGACGGCGACGCCUGAGCGCGUCGUUGCGGCCUUUGAGGCGGCCAUUCGCAUCCAUGGGAGCGGUGUUGCGUCGAUGGAGCUUUGGCUGCACUACUUGCGAUGGGCGCGGUCGAUUUCGCGCUGCGAGCGGAACAAGGUUGAGGCGCGGUUCCGGCGAGUGCUCGCAGAGCGGCUGGGCGAAGUCGCGGGGGGUGGCAAGGAGGCGGGCUUGCCCGCAAGUGGUGAAGAUGCCGACGGAGCCGCCGGCCUCUGUGCGUUGCUCGAGCAGUGCGAGCCAUUGGGGCGUAGCGAGUACCUCCAUCUUGCGGGUUUCGACGAGGCCGAGGCGGACUGGGAGCAUGCGCUCGACGCCGAAUCACAUCGUGCUGUGGUUCUCGGCGGCGGCGGGGCGCUCUUGCGGGAGCAUGCGGCGCAGGACCCGCCGGCUUUGUCUCUGCGCGCCGCGGCCAAGGCGACGCCCAGAGGGCGGCUCUCUGCGGACAUCGAGCCGCUGCGCGCAGCGCGCUUGGCUCCGCCCCCCGAGGGAGUCUCCGUCGUCGCUGGCUUGCAGCCGUGGGCAUGUGAGCAGGCGCCCCUUGAUCUGCCCGUCCAGGCGCCCUCGGCAUUGCGUGAGGGGGGCGCAUGUGUCUCCUUGCAGGCGCUCGAGUCCGAUCCGGGCUGCAUCGUCGCUUGGGAUUUGGCAAUUUGGAAUGAGGCGGCCGACGCGCAGUGGGAGGCGGCGGCGGCCCUGGCACAUGUUGCGGCGCGGUGGAUUCCGGUGCAUGCAUGCGCCGUUGCAGAAGAGAGUGGCGCGCACGUCGUUGCACUGUAG